AUGGCGACUAUGGUGUCUAAUUUACUUAAAAAGAAGAGCGAACCAGCAGUGAAUUCGCCAGCGCAGGUGAUCGGUGGACAUGGCACUGACAGCUACUCCAACAACUCCUUCUACCAGAAAUUAGCAGCAAAUGUUGUGAAGAAAAAGAUUGAAGAUGCAAUUAUGAUGAAGCUAGAUGUGGCAUCCUUCUCUUCCACUUCCAACAUAAUUCGUCUUGCAGAUUUCGGUUGUGGGGUUGGAUCAAAUACAAUAACCGCUAUGCAUGAUUUACUAGAGUUUGUAAAGAAGAAGUAUAGGUCUCAGUGUCCUGUGUCUCAAAUGCCAGAAUUUCAAGUGAUUUUCAAUGAUCAAUCCACCAAUGAUUUUAACACCCUCUUUACCUCUCUCCCGCAAGACAAGGAAUACAUGGUGGCUGGGGUGCCAGGUUCUUUCCAUGACCAAGUGCUGCCCAAAUCAUCUCUCCAUUUAGCCCAUUGUUCGUAUUCACUUCAUUGGCUCUCUAAGUUGCCAAAGGAAUUGCAAGACAAGCUCUCUCCUGCAUGGAACAAAGGCAAGAUUCACUACACCAGUGCUCCACAGGAGGUUUUAAAUGCGUACGCAACUCAGUUCGCUGAAGACUUGGACAAUUUCUUGAAUGCUAGAGCUCAGGAGAUUGUAUCAGGAGGAAUGAUGUUGAUUGUUGGCUCAGGUAUACCAGACGGGAUGUCUUAUUCUCAAGUUGUAAAUGGUUUGAUGUACAAUUGCAUGGGAUCCAUCCUCAUGGACAUGGUGAAAACGGGAUCUAUCAAUGAAGCUGAAAUUGAUGCGUUCAACUUGCCUAUAUACGCUUGCCCUCCUGGGGAAUUCACUGCGGGAGUGGAAAGAAACGGGUUGUUUACUGUAGAGGUGAUAGAAUUGAUGAACCCUGCACCAUGGCUGAAAGGUCCCAUCGACAUCCCUGCAUUUGUGAAACAUGUGAGAGCUGCAAUGGAGGGAAUGUUCAGCAAGCAUUUUUCCAGAGAGACCAUUGAUGAAUUGUUCAAUCAGCUUGUUCCAAGACUGUCAGAGAUUUCUCAGCAAAUGGAAUCAUGUUACAGGGAUGGGCUUCAGCUAUUUGCCAUACUAAAACGUAAAUAG